CAUAGAAGGGCAGAAACGUUAUAAAAGAGAUAUGAAUCUAGACACGCACAAAUAAUGUGUUUUUACUUAUAAAUAUGCACUGGAGUCAUAAUAAUUAUUAGUGACAGUAGAUUUAAGGUUUUACAAUGUUUCGGCAUAGUAAGUCAAUUAUCAGGAAACUCAGAAAUGUGAGUUUUCAAGGUUCUUUGAGGUCGAGAGGCAGUUCUGCGGUGGAGAGAGCGCUGCAGUACACAGUGGGACAGAAGAUCCACGGAUUCACCGUUAAAGAGGUAACUGCAGUGCCGGAUUUGUUCCUAACGGCUGUUAAACUCACCCAUGAUGCCACUGGAGCUCAGUAUCUGCAUGGAGCCAGAGAUGAUUCUAACAACCUGUUCAGUGUGCAGUUUCGUACUACGCCCAUGGACAGCACAGGGGCUCCUCACAUUCUUGAGCACACUGUUCUAUGUGGUUCUCAGCGGUUCCCCUGCAGAGAUCCCUUUUUCAAAAUGCUCAAUCGCUCGCUCUCCACUUUUAUGAACGCCUUUACAGCAAGCGAUUAUACAAUGUACCCGUUCUCCACCCAGAAUGCCAAAGACUUCCAGAAUCUCCUGUCUGUCUAUCUGGAUGCUGUCUUCUUCCCCUGUCUCAGAGAACUGGAUUUCUGGCAGGAAGGUUGGAGACUAGAGCACGAGACCCCCACAGACCCCUCAAGUCAACUGGUGUUUAAGGGCGUCGUCUUCAAUGAGAUGAAGGGAGUGUUUUCUAAUAAUGAGCAAAUCUACGCUCAGCACCUGCAGAAUAAACUGUUGCCGGAUCACACAUAUUCUGUGGUGUCUGGAGGAGAGCCUCUAGCCAUCCCUGACCUGACCUGGGAACAGCUAAAACACUUUCACGCCACACACUACCACCCCAGCAAUGCACGGUUCUUUACAUACGGGGACAUGCCAUUGGAGCAGCACCUGAGGCAGAUAGAGAUUGAAGCUCUAUCUAAAUUUGAGAGAACAGAACCGAACACAGCAGUUCCACCCCAAACACACUGGGACAAACCCAGAGCAGAUCAUGUGACUUGCAGCCCUGACACGAUGGCUCCUGAUCCAAAUAAACAAAACACACUCUGCAUGAGCUAUCUGCUUGGAAAUAUCACAGACACGUUUGAGAUGUUCACCCUGAGUCUCCUCUCUUCCCUUAUGAUUUCUGGUCCAAAUUCUCCGUUCUACAAAUCCCUGAUCGAGCCCAAUAUCGGUUCUGACUUCUCCUCAUCAGUGGGGUUUGACAGCAGCACUAAACAAGCCUCUUUCACCAUCGGUCUUCAGGGCAUGGCCGAAGAUGACAUUGAGAAGGUCAAACUCAUCAUUGCCCAAACCAUUGAUGAUAUCAUUGAAACUGGUUUCGAAGAGGAGCGGAUUGAAGCUCUGCUGCAUAAGAUCGAGAUUCAGAUGAAACAUCAAUCCACCAGCUUUGGCCUGGCUCUCGCUUCAUACAUUGCAGGCUGUUGGAAUCAUGAUGGUGAUCCAGUACAGCUCUUAAAGAUCAGUGAGAGUGUGUCCAGAUUCAGACAGUGUUUAAAAGAGAAUCCACGCUACCUUCAGGGGAAAGUCCUGCACUACUUUAAGGAUAACACACACAGGCUGACCCUGUCCAUGAGUCCUGACGAGACAUUCCAGGAGAAACGGGCUGAAGCUGAAGAACAGAAACUACAGCAGAAGAUAAAAAAUCUCACUGAAUCAGACCGCAAAGACAUCUAUGAGAAAGGUUUGCAGUUGUUGGCUGCUCAGAGCACAACUCAAGAUGCUUCCUGUCUACCUGCACUAAAGGUGUCCGACAUCGAGCCAACCAUUCUCUACACACCUGUACAGCAGGGUACCGCCGGUGGUGUACCUGUGCAGUACUGUGAGCAGCCCACUAAUGGAAUGGUCUAUUUCAGAGCUAUGUGUAACUUCAAUUCUCUCCCUGAAGACUUGAAGAUCUAUGUCCCCCUUUUCUGCAGUGUCGUCACAAAGUUGGGCUGUGGGGAAUUGGAUUAUCGUCAGCAGGCUCAGCGUAUUGAACUGAAGACUGGAGGAAUGUCUGUCUCUCCGCAAAUCAUACCAGAUACUGAUGAUCUUGAUGUGUAUGAGCAGGGUAUUAUCCUCACUUCCUCAUGUUUGGAGAGGAAUCUACCUGAUAUGUUUCAUCUGUGGAGUGACAUAUUCAACAGCUCUCAUUUUGAUGAUGAGGAGCGUCUGCGUGUGCUGGUAAUGAUGUCAGCUCAGGAACUGUCCAAUGGAAUAUCAUACUCUGGUCACAUGUACGCCAUGACACGGGCAGCUCGAUCCCUCACACCCACAGCCGAACUGCAGGAGAUGUUCGGUGGAAUGGACCAGGUGAAGUUUAUGAAAAGGAUAGCUGAAAUGGCUGAUCUCACAUCAGUUUUGAGGACACUUCCCAGGAUAAAGAGACACCUGUUCAAUCCAGAAACCAUGAGGUGUGCAGUGAAUGCCACUCCCCAGAAAAUGUCUGAUGCCGCUGGCGAAGUCGAGCAGUUUAUUGGUAAUAUAGCAGCAAAUAGGAAGGAGCGGAAACCUGUCAGGCCAACCAUUGUCGAGAGGUCACUGGAUCCUCAAGCUGGAUCAGCUGCAAGUAGGAAACUCAUUUCAGAGCCUCAUUUUAAACCCUGUCAGAUGAAGACGUAUUUCCAGCUUCCCUUUCCUGUGAAUUUUGUCAGUGAGUGUGUACGCACAGUCCCGUUCUCACACGCUGAUUACGCCAGUCUGUGUAUUUUAGGAAGGAUGAUGACUGCAAAAUUCUUGCAUGGAGAGAUCAGAGAAAAGGGUGGAGCUUAUGGAGGCGGGGCUAGAAUGGGAGGCGGUGGCCUGUUCUCAUUUUAUUCUUAUAGGGAUCCUAACUCCACACAGACGUUAUCAGCAUUCCGUGGCGGAGUAGAUUGGGCACGAGCGGGAAAGUUUACCCAGCAGGAUAUUGAUGAGGCAAAGCUCUCUGUUUUUUCUGCUGUUGAUGCACCUGUUGCCCCCUCAGAUAAAGGUUUGGGUCGUUUUCUAAAUGGCAUUACAGAUGAAAUGAAGCAAAGGCAUAGAGAGAGACUGUUCGCCGUAACUGAUAAAAACCUGAUCGACGUUGCUGGCAGGUAUCUGGGUAUGGGCCAGCAGACGUGCGGUGUGGCUAUUUUAGGCCCAGAAAAUGAAAGCAUCAGAAAAGACCCAUCCUGGGUGGUUAAAUAACAUCUUUUAUUUCUCAUUUCCUGUUAUUUGGAAUGAGAAAGUCAUGCACACGCUCCAGGAAUACGCACAAAUAAUUUUGACAUUCUGGUUCCAGUAGAAAACAGACUCUCCAUUUAUCGAACAGAACAGCUCCUGAAUAGUAAUAAGAUUUAAUUAUUCAAGUGCUUUAUGAAGCUGCCUGAUUCAGAGCAUAACUCUUAUGUUGACUUUUUCAGCACAUUGUGUUAAUUGAUCAUGCUGACCUUUACAGUAUUAUUAUAGUUUUUUUUACAGUAAUUUAAAAAUCAGCACAAUUCUGCAGGUUUUGUGAUUGAGAGUCAAAGAUAUGUGAAAUGG